ACGUCGCAAUGAAUGAGUUGAGAACGUAAACUAUAUCAAAUUUCUAUAUAUAGUCUUAUGUAUACCAUUUCGUUAUACGGUCCGCGGAGUUUACAAGGAACGUGUCAAUAUUUAUAUUAUAUUUAAAACGUAAUCACUUUAUUUUUGUCGGAUUUUUCAGCGUGAUACAUACAAAUACAAAUUAAAUUAAAUUUUAUUUCAGAUUAUUUGUUUAACCCGACAAAGGAACAUUUCGUUUUGCACGUCUUAUCGGUGGAUAUUAAACUGUACGAUAUUAUUAAAAACAGGCGGCUCACAUCCUCACUAAAUAGGAAUUUACGUUUUUUUUGUCGGAUCGAAGAGAUAAACACUGAGUUUCAAAUUUCAGUGAAAGUGAUAUUUAUAACCAUAUAAAUAUAAUAUUAGUAAAUAAAAUAUCGAACAACUCGUUUUACGUUAAAUUUGUUUUUUUUUUUAAAUAUAAAUACAUUGAAUGAAGUUAAUGAUAACACUUAACUGUUUGAAAGAACUAUAGGAAUUGGCAUUUUACACACACGUGUAAACAUUCCAGAGGGACUGAUUCAAAUCCACAUAAUCCUGAACAAUCUGCACGACAUGUUUGACAGUUAACCCUUGCGAGUAACCAAAGCGCAACAGUCAUUGAAAUAAAUGUGUUAAAAAUACCUAUUAGUGUAGGCAUAAUUGUGUUUAUAUAAAAUGUAAACAAACUACACGAACAUGCGAGAUUUUCAGACACCGAGUUGCGUCACCUGGCGAACUUUGACAUUUUGGUCUGUAAGUCUGGCUGCACUGAGCUGGUCGGCGUCGGCGGUGGAGGAUACUCGUGUCCCGCUGAAAAUCUCCUUCCUCACCUCCUCCGGCGAUCUUCAAGGAUCCAAAACAUUCGCCGGAGCAUUCUUCAGUGCCCUGGACAUUGUGAACCAGAACAAGUCGCUGCUGCCCGGAUAUCGACUGGAAUGCCUUUUUAACGACACAGACCGCAGCUCCCUGAACGCAAUAAACGCGAUGACGUCACACUACGGGAACGAGAUUAUCGCGUUCAUCGGGCCUGACGAGUCGUGUCACUGUGAGUCGACGGUGGCGGCGGCAUGGAACCUUCCCAUGAUCGGAUACAAAUGCCACGACUCCAAGAGCUGGAGUGAAGAAGACAUGCAGACACGGCGGACAUUCGCAACAACCCAGCCUUCCACGGCCAAGGUGUCCAAGUCUAUACUCGCCAUCCUGCAGUACUACCAAUGGAGCAGGGUGACCAUGGUGGUAGGUGCAAGCUCUAUCUGGAACGAGACAGCCGAGAGCCUGAAGACGCUUAUGAAGGACCACAACAUCCGGUUGCAUGACGCCAUAUAUUUCCCGGAACCGUACGCCUCCGGCGAGGACAUAAUGUAUCCAAUUGUUGAAAAGUCGUACCGAGUGACGCGCAUAUACGUGUUUCUGGGUGACCACCACGGCCUGAUUGACUUCAGUCGUCUGCUGAAGGCGCACGUGGAGGACCGGAUAUCCGAGUACGUUGUCAUCGCCGUGUACGAACGCCUGUACACAGAGGACCCGCACUCAUACCUCCUCAAAACCCCGUUCGAAUCCAAAGACGAUUUAAACACGUAUCAAGUACAGUCGUUCGAAACGGUACUAUUGCUGGUCCCUCGUCCGCCCCUCAAUGACGACUGGGACCACUUCCUGGAUGACGUCAGACGCCGAAACACACAGCCGCCAAUCAACGGGUUCGCACAGGUCUACAAAGGAUCCGCGAUCAAGGUUCCAAUCUACGCCGCCUUCCUGUACGACGCCUUGCACACGUACGCACUAGCCCUGCACGAGACGCUCACAUCCGGGGGCGAUAUGCGCAACGGCAAGGCGCUCAUAGCUCACAUCCGCAAUACCACAUAUACAAGUAUCCUAGGUUACGACGUCUACAUCGACCGCCAGGGGGACGCAGAGGGCAACUACACGCUCCUCACUUUCGACGUCCACCAACCUGACUCCAAGGUAGAGCUAAUUCCGGUUGGCAACUUCCGGAUGACCCAAGGUGGCGUCGGCAUACCAGAGUUGAACCUGUUCCGGGAUAUUAAGUGGAGGAACGGCGGUCCGCCUCGAGACGAGCCAAAGUGCGGCUUCCACGGAGAGAAGUGCGAACACAAGUCACCACUUUGGACGAUUCUGUCCGUUGUCAUAGCAAUUGCGGUCAUUGUCGGGAUAGCAGCCGACUUUGGUGUGAGACACUUCAUGUACGAGCAGAAGCUGGCCCGUCUGUUGUGGAAGGUUGACUUCAAAGACAUCGCCCCGCUCGUGCAUUCCGUGGAUGAGAACCUCUUACCACCUAACAUGCAGAAGAGGAAACGGUCCAAGAGCCAUCCGUUCAAGUUCAUAUUUUCCUACGAUAACGAGUCGGAGCGAACCACGCUGCUUGGUGAGGAAGUCAAGCGAGACAGCUCGUUCAGCAGCGCCAGGGCCCAACGCUGCCUCAUCGGCUGCUACAAAGGCACCGUGGUGUCCAUAAAGCACAUCUCGAAGCCCCACGUUGAGAUCGACCGAGAUCUCAAGAAGCAGUUGCAGCUUCGCAAGGAGCUCAACCAUGACAACGUGGCUCGCUUCAUCGGCGCAUGCGUGGAGUCCCCGCAUGUGUACAUCCUGACCCAGUUCUGUCAGAGAGGCAGCUUACAAGACAUUCUGAAUAAUGAAGAUUUCAGUCUGGAUGAUAUGUUCGUAUCCUCUCUGGUGUCCGACCUUAUCAAAGGUAUGACGUUCAUCCACGACAGCGAGAUCCAUUACCAUGGCAACCUGAAGACCAGCAACUGCCUAGUGGACGCACAUUGGGUUCUCAUGGUUACGGACUUCGGAAUACACAGGCUAGGGGACGGGCGCGCUAGCAGCUCCCCGGACCCACAGAACUAUUACGAAACUUUAUUGUGGCGCGCACCGGAAGUACUCAGAAGCACAAGCCGAGAGGCUGUGGGCACGCAGAAGGCUGAUGUGUACGCGUUCUCGCUCAUCCUGUACGCGCUGAUAGGCCGGAAGGGACCGUGGGGAGACACCGAGUAUUCCAGCAAAGAAAUGAUUGAGCUACUACGGAGCGAGAGUCCCUCGAUUAGACCGGAGAUGGCAAGCCUGGCGUGCGAGCCAUACAUAAGCGGCUGCAUCCGGGACUGCUGGGCGGAGGAUCCGGAUAUGAGACCAUCAUUCAAGGACAUCCGCGUGAAACUGAAGCCGAUGUUACAGGGAAUCAAGUCUAACAUAUUGGACAACAUGCUGUGGAUGAUGGAGCUAUACUCCAAUAAUCUGGAGAGUCUGGUCGCUGACCGCACAGAGUUGCUGUUCGAGGAGAAAAAGAUGACAGAGAACCUGCUGCUUAGGAUGUUGCCAAGGUUCGUUGCUGAGCGGCUGAAGAAAGGUGAGCCAGUGGUGCCGGAAGUGUACGAGAGCGUCUCCAUCUACUUCUCGGACAUCGUGGGCUUUACCGCCCUGUCAGCGGAGAGCACGCCUAUGGAGGUUGUAUGCAUGCUAAACGACCUAUACACGUGCUUCGACGCCAUCGUAGAGAACUUUGACGUCUACAAGAUUGAGACAAUUGGUGACGCGUAUUUCGUCGUGAGUGGUCUGCCCUUGAGAAACGACGACCUGCAUGCGGGCGAGAUAGCGUCUAUGUCCCUGCGCAUGCUCCAGCAAAUAAAACGCUUCAAGAUACGUCACAGACCUAACGACACACUCAAGUUGCGGAUCGGUCUUCAUUCGGGUCCUUGCGUGGCCGGAGUGGUGGGUUUGAAGAUGCCGCGCUACACGCUGUUCGGUGACACGGUGAACACAGCGUCCCGCAUGGAGUCCACGGGUGUUCCCCUGAAGAUCCACUGCAGUGAGACUAUCACGUGUCUGCUAAGGAAGCUGGGAGGCUACCAACUCACUGAGCGAGGCCUCGUCAACGCCAAGGGUAAAGGCGAAAUGCUGACCUAUUUUCUUGAGGGUGAGGACGAAUCUCACCGACAGAGGCGCAUCUCUAACACCCGCCUUUCCGGUAAAAUCACGCCAAAUGGAGACCUCAAUCCAGCGGGCGAGACCUUUGGCGCGCCUAUCAUUAUUCCACUGUAUUGGACCAAUGGAUUCACUAACAGCUCACGUGACCUCUCCCCGGUGUUCCCGAACUACAAUCCCAACAUUCCACUAAUAGAGAACUGUGCUAGCCCCGAGGAAAAUCUGUUUGACAAAGCUUUCAAUGCGCAUCACGCUCCCUCUCAGAAAGGUAUGCAGCGGAGCGGUUCCACGCAGCAUCCUCAUGCUCUCAACUCAACAUGCAACUUGAAACUUCAGGAUCUGACGACCGGCAACCAGGCGGCCAAACUUCCGACCAGACUUGGGAGACAGAUAUCGGAAUCGGUCGACGGUCGACAAACUUCAGAAACCUUGAAUAAAAUAACGCUGGGACUGCUGCAUAGAAAUGUAUCAUUCCCAUCGAACAUGAUUGCAGAGGACAGCGUCUGAUAGGGAGGCGACCAUCCAGACACAUUGUUUCUUGAACCCUGUCACAUCCGUAGUUGCACUAUGGGACUCGUGACGAUUAUAACACGGCGUCAUAAUGCGAGUCGUUACAGAAGCUCAUUUAACUGGAACAUGUUUGUCUCUGAUGAAAAUAAUUGCUCACGACUCGGAGCCGGCAUCCACGAGUACUAAGGAAUAGCAUUGUAAAUGUGUUGCCACCAACCUAACACGGUCGCCAUCAUGCGAUACUUGAUAAAACACUUAUACUUAAUACAUAUUACAUACUCUGGAAAAAUGGAGUUUAAUGAAUGAGCGUAUAGUGUCGUUUCACAUGCUUAUGAAGGACGACACUUUCCGCUUUUAUAGAAUUUUUCAUUUAAGGGAAAUCUAUAAUUAGCGACAAUCAAUUUAAGGCAGAAACUGUUGUCGCUGAUAAGCCUGUGCAGACCAAAACACUUUAAAUGUUAGUGUAAACCUAUGUCACCAGUUUUAAAUUAAAUUUUAAUAGCUUACUAGUAUGCACAGCAUGUUAAACAAUUACGCAACUGCAUCAUCUUUUUACUUCCGGAAAGCAGAAUAUAUUAUGUUGUUGCUUAAUUAUGAGGCUGUUAUAAUAGAAAAAGUACACGCUUGGACACAUACAGUAGUUUAUUUAAAUGUCCAUACUUUUCCUAUAUGAAUAUUGAGUGUUUUGUAUAUAUAUAUAAUAUUUGUGUAUGGAAGUAUGGAAAUAUUUUCAGACAAUACUCCUCUCGACUAUGUUAUACCCGAACUUUGGAAGAAAAAAUGUUACGUAUGGUCUCUAAUCACAAUUCCUUAAACUGAGAUGCGACGAUGCAACAGAAACUGUGACGUUAAAUUGCGAUUUGUAGUUUGAUGUUUAACGCAGCUUUAGUAUCUUUGUUAGCAGCAUUUGUAGAUUUCUUAGGUAGUUGUUCAUAGAUCAUGUAUUUUGUUUGUUCGCGUAAUUGUUAGUGUUACGUUUAAUUAAGAAUCAUUCAAUAAAUACUAUGCUUACAUAAGAUCUGUAUGUUAGGCUGUUUAUGUUAGAUUUGUUAAUGUCAACAACAUUAAUUGUAGGUUACAUUUUUGCAAUAAGAAAAUCCUUAGGAUAUGUACGAUGCUGACAUAAACAUAUUGGUUCUUCACUGUUAAACGAAGUCCUAUCUUGCUCAUUAAUGCUCGUUAUGGUUGCCAUAUUAAGAUGUGUGGUGAUUAUGUAACAAUGUGAUCAUCUUUUUGCCAAACGAGGUUACUCUGACAGGUAAAUGUUGGUUGUUUUAUAUUCCGUAUAUGCGCUACAAUAUUACACUAUUGUAAUAAUGUUUGUACUCGUAAUUAAUAAAACGAUUAGUGCAUGCACAUGUGGUGUUACGUUUGCGUUUAAUGACAGUUGUGUUUUGUUUUCUAUUUAAGCUGUGAUAAUUACCCGACAAUCCAUUUCAAAAUCUUCGACAGUCCUUAUAUUGAUUCUUUGUUAGGUAUAUGGAUGGUUGUUGAAUGAUAUUGUGAUUAAUUAUCUUUGUAG